AAAUACUUAAAGCAACAAUUGUUUUAUUGUUUAUGUAUUAAAUUUAGUAAUCCCAACCACAACUACGAAUCAUCACUCGUUUACUUCAGUUUCUCCUUCACACCAUCUUCUUUCCUAUUCCUAACUCCUCUACUCCAAAACCAUAAAUUCAGAACAAUUAAUCAUUUGUGCAGCUUCUUUUCAUAGUGCAAGCUGAGAAAUAGAAAGGAAGAUGGCGGAUGUAGUGUUGAAUUUUGUACUAAAAAACCUGCUGGCGAUAAUAAAAGAAACUUGGAAACUGAUUGGCGGCGCAAAGGAAGAUUGUGCACAACUGCUGGAAGAAGUUGAUAGCUUAAAGGCAUUUCUAGAGGAUGCUGCACACUAUCGUCAAAGCAACAGCAAACAAUGGAAACAUUUCGUCAACAAAAUUCAAGUUAUUGUAUAUAAAGCUGAGGAUCUCAUUGAUAAGCUCCAUAUUCAAGCAAAACAACACCAACAGAAAUACAGAGUUUUGACGAACUACACCAAAACCGUCAAGGAAUGUGUAAUAAACAUCAAAGCUCUAUUAGAGAAGGUGAAGAAAAUUCGGGAAGAAAAUCAACAUGCUUUUCAGGCAAAGCCAAUGCUCCAUUUUCAGAAGGAAAUUGUUGCCCAUGGGUCACAGAAGGAGAUUUUGCUGGAAGAGACUGAAGUUGUUGGCUUCGAUGAGGAAGCGGAAACAGUGAUCAAACGACUCGUUGAAGGAACGGGUGAUUUAGAUGCUAUUCCUGUGGUGGGCUUGCCCGGACUUGGCAAAACCACACUGGCAUUAAAAAUAUAUAAAGAUUCUCAGAUUUCCUAUCAUUUCUACACGACUAUUUGGAUAAAGGUAGGCCUGCAAUACAAACUAACAGAAGUGUUUCUUAACAUUCUGAAAGUGUUCACAAAACUAACUAAAGAACAUCAAGAUAUGAAUGUGAAUGAUUUGGCCUAGAUAAUACGUGAGUUCAUUUCCAAAGGAGGUAAAUGUCUCAUUGUCUUGGACGAUGUGUGGGAGCCAAACGUCGUGCAUGCUAUCAAAGAAGCUUUCCCGAAAAAUAGAAAAGGUCAUCGAAUCAUGAUCACCACUCGUGACGCAAGUGUUGCUAGAUAUGCCAAUGCUCAUCCUCAUUCCUUGAAAUUUCUUAAAGAUGAGGAAAGUUUCCAAUUGUUGGAAAAUAGAGUUUUUGGAAGUAAUGUUAGGUGUCCUGAAGAGUUGAUAGCACGUGGAAAAAGUAUUGCAAAACAAUGUAGUGGAGUGCCACUUGCUGUAGUGGUAAUUGCAGGAGCUCUAAGAGGACGUACAAGCGAAAGAUGGUGGCAAAUGGUUAAGGACAAUGUAGGAAAUCACCUUAUAAAUAAAGAUGACCCUGAAAGCUGUUUGAAAUAUGUGGAAAUGAGUUAUAUCCAUCUACCCGAGAAGAUGAAGGCGUGCUUUCUGUAUUGUGGUGCCUUUCCACAAGGCUUUGAAAUUCCUGCUUGGAAGUUGAUUCACUUGUGGAUUUCAGAGGGGUUGAUUAACUCUGAACUAAAUGCCACCCUCGAGGAAAUGGCAGAGCAAUACUUGAACGAACUUAUUAACAGGAAUUUAGUGAUGGUAAUGCAGAAAAGGGUUGAUGGACUAGUAAAAACAUGUCGUAUUCACGACAUGUUGCACCAGUUCUGCAAAAUGGAGGCUAAAAAUGAAGGUUUUUUCCAAGAAGUAUGUGAAAAAACCGAUCAGCCUGGUCUUUCUAUACCAGAUCUAGAUACUUCUCGUCGAUUGCUUAUUCAACUCUCUCUUUUGGAAGCUUUUAUCUCCAAAGAACCAUUUGCUGAGCAUGUUAGGUCUUUCCUAUGUUUUUCCAAAAAAAAUAAAGGAAGUGAGCAGCUUAGUGACAUUCGACUCCUCCACAAAGCAUUUCCACUGGUUAGGGUCUUGGACGUUGAAUCCCUCGAUUUUAGUUUCUCAAGUCAUUUUAAAGAGCUAUAUCAUUUGAGGUACAUUGCUAUCUCAGGUAACUACGCAAGCCUUCCUGCAUUCGUUGGUAAGUUUUGGAAUUUACAAACUCUUAUACUUAAUACAAAGGCGUCCACCAUUGAGAUAAAAGCGGACAUAUGGAACAUGCUACAGUUAAGGCAUCUGCACACCAACGUCCCUGCAAAAUUAACAUCCCCUGCUGCCCAAACAACGUAUGGAUCGUCUUGCCUACAAACUCUUUCUAAAGUAGCACCAGGUAGUUGCGGAGAAGAUGUUCUUGUAAGGGCUUGUAAUCUCAAAAAAGUGAGUAUUCAAGGGGAAAUGGCUGAGUUUUUGGAAACUAAUAAGGGUGGGUUCAGAAACUUUGCAAAGCUAAAGCUCCUGGAACAUUUGAAAUUGUUGAAUGACUUUGGCAGGUCCAUGAGAAAAGUUGUUCAACUUCCUCCAGCAUUCGCCGAGUAUCUGCAAAAACUGAAUAAGCUAACUUUGUCAAAUACAAAGUUUCCUUGGAGUGAUGCAAAUAUACUAGCGCGGUUGGAAUGCCUUGAGGUCCUAAAGCUGAAGGAAAAUGCAUUUAGCGGGAUGACCUGGGAUUUAGAUAUCGGAGGCUGUUUUAGCCAACUCAAGGUAUUGCUCAUUCAAAGAGCAGACUUUGAGAUUUGGAAGGCUUCAGAUCUUUCAUUCCAAAGACUUAAGUGUCUUGUUCUUAUAUCCUGUGAUAAGCUUGAGGUUGUGCCAUUUGGGCUGGCUGGUGUAAGUAGCCUUCAACAGAUGACUCUGGAGAACACAAACAAGGCAAUCAAAUCUGCAAAAGCAAUCGAAUGCAGAAAGAGAGAGCUGAUACAAGAAUCUAAAAAACGCAAAUUUGGAAUGGAGAUCUGUCAAGCUCCGGAUAGUUCCAAAUUCAAGCUCAUGAUAUUCCCCCCUGAAACUUCGGAUUGCAACGCCACACAGCAAGGUUGAAAAAGGUUAGCAGAAUUUAUUUUGUUUCGUUUUCGUUAUUGUUUUAACCAGUGUAUGACUAGUACUAGUAUAACAUUCCAGCUUCUGAUUCAAAUACUACCACUUUCUGUAAUUCAUGUUAUUCCAAUAAAAACCACAAGAUGCCUUUCUCAAAAACUUCUUUGCACAGUGAUAAGAAAUUUCAUUUAAUUUAUAGUGAUUUGUGGGGACCAUCUCCGGUAUUAUCAAUCGACAAAAAACGAUACUAUGUUUUAUUUGUUGAUCAAUUUUCAAAAUAUAUGUGGUUGUUCAUGCUCAAAGCUAAAACAAAAGUGUUGAAAGACGAGAAAGACCAUCCACUCCUAGCCAAAAUCCAGGUCCAUCCCACUGUACAUCUGCUUCGGCACUACAUAAGCCGCAAAUGGCUUCUUCCCCACCUCGACCAGAAUCCUCUCCGCCUAUUCAGUCGGACCAACCAACCCAACCCCAAUCAAACCAACCAGCCACAAAAGUGCACUCAAUGAUCACUCGAUCUUAAACCUCGUCAAUUUCUCACGACCACUCCAUCAUCUAAAAAAAUUCCCACAACCCAUGCAAGCCAAGCUAAUUCCCCAUUGGAAUUCCGCAAUGCAAGCUGAAUUUGAUGCUUUUGUUCGCAACCAGACUUUGGAUUUGGUUCCAUGUGACUCUUUAAAAA